GUGACAUGUUGGAGGGGUGGGGGAGACCUAAUUGCAUAAUGCACCAGUGAGUGUGAACUCUUUUUGACAUUUUGUUAUUUGCUGUUUUGAAGUUCGUCCUCAGUGCAGGUCAACAGAGCAGGAACAGCUGGUGCAAACAUGGCUGCCUUCCUUCACCACUGCCCUUUCCUCAAGUCUGCCACUAAGCCAGCUUUGAGGAGAUCAGGACCCUCCCUGCUGUCUCUGGCCAAUCAAUGUCCCAUCAUUGCGCGUCAGAUCAGCGUCUGCAGGUCGGCUUCCUUGGAGGCCAAGCUGAGCGCCUCUUCCGCUGGUCCUGACUGUCACCAGCUUCCCAUGCUGCAGCUAAAGAGAACGUUUGCUCAAACAGCUCCUCAGGUGGCCGAGUUGGCGUCAAAGGGUUGCCCUUUCGUCACCUCUCGCAUCGGGAUGGUUCAAGCCAGACCUGAAGUGCAGGAGGAUGUCCAAGAGGGCAUGAUGAUCUCUCUGUUCCAAGAUUUAAAAGAGUCCCUUCUCUCAAAAUCACCUCAAACCAUAAGUCAUCUCCUCAAAGACAACAUGGCUGGGCCCAGCUAUGACUAUGACCACUUCUUCUCUGAGAAGAUUGCUGAGAAGAAAAACGACCACACAUAUCGAGUCUUUAAGACAGUAAACCGCAGCGCUGGAUCAUUUCCUUUUGCCGAGGAUUACUCUGUGCCAGACCGUGACAGAUCCCAAGUGUCGGUUUGGUGCAGCAAUGACUACUUGGGCAUGAGUCGGCACCCCCAGGUCAUUAGCGCCAUCAGUGAGGCCCUGAGCAGGCACGGAGCAGGAGCAGGAGGCACCAGGAAUAUCUCAGGUACUAGUAACUUCCACGUGUCUCUGGAGAAGGAGCUGGCCCAGCUCCAUCAGAAGGACGGCGCUCUGGUCUUCUCUUCCUGCUUCGUGGCAAACGACUCCACCCUCUUCACUUUGGCCAGGAUGUUGCCAGGCUGUGAGAUCUACUCUGAUGCCGGGAACCACGCCUCAAUGAUUCAGGGCAUCAGGAACAGUGGAGCCAAGCGUGUCAUCUUUCGGCACAAUGACAGCCAAAACCUAGAGGAGCUACUGCAACGCUCUGACCCGAAGACGCCCAAAAUAGUGGCAUUCGAGACGGUGCAUUCAAUGGAUGGUGCCAUAUGUCCUUUAGAGGAGCUGUGUGAUGUUGCUCACCGUUAUGGAGCUCUCACUUUUGUUGAUGAGGUCCACGCUGUCGGCCUGUAUGGAGCCCAUGGAGCUGGAGUGGGGGAGAGGGACAAUGUUAUGCACAAGAUUGACAUUUUGUCUGGGACCCUCGGUAAGGCCUAUGGCUGUGUGGGAGGCUACAUCGCCAGCAGCGCCGCCCUAGUAGACACAGUGCGCUCCUUCGCGGCCGGCUUCAUCUUCACCACCGCCCUGCCCCCGAUGGUCCUGGCCGGAGCCCUGGAGUCUGUGCGUGUCCUGAAGGGCACCGAGGGACAGUCCCUGCGCAGAGCACACCAGAGGAAUGUCAAACACAUGAGGCAGCUGCUCAUGGACAAGGGCCUGCCUGUGGUCCACUGUCCCAGCCACAUCAUCCCCAUACGGGUGGGAAAUGCUGAGCUGAACACUAAGGUGUGCGACACCCUGCUGGAGAGACACAAUAUUUACGUGCAAGCCAUCAACUACCCUACAGUGCCUCGUGGCGAGGAGCUGCUGCGCCUGGCUCCAUCUCCUCACCACCACCCUGCAAUGAUGGAGUAUUUUGUGGAGAAACUACUGGACGUGUGGCAGGAGGUGGGACUCAAGCUAAACAACCCUGCGGCUGCUUCCUGCACCUUCUGUGACCGGCCCCUGCACUUUGACCUCAUGAGUGAAUGGGAGAAGUCCUACUUUGGCAACAUGGAGCCCCAAUACAUAACUGUGUCUGCAUAGAGGACACGCAGUCUUAUCAACACAAAUGAAUAUACAUAUAUAUUGAAUUAUCCCUAGCGUGCACAAAAACAAGCCCCUCUUGCUCUCGAAAAUACUAACAAUAUACAUUCAGAUGUUCUUUCAUAUUAAUAUGAAUAAUUGUAUAAUUCAUACAUUUCCUCUAUGAAUGGCGACUACCAUGUAUUUGCAGCUGUGGAUAUGACGAUGGAAAAUUGUGCCUUCUCUAGCUUUAAAGCAUAAAUCCUGCACAUUGGGCACUUUCUUAUCUAAAUAUGUUGGUUUGAAUUCAAAUACGUUGCGUGACUUUAUAUUGUGUGUACCUGUUUGGCUUCCACAGUGAGAAAGAAAUACAUCCUCACACCGACAAGAAGGGUUCUCAUGUCUACAAAUGUAAUUGGGUCAUAAAUGGGUCGAUAAAAAAUUAAAUACAUUUAGAGCUGCAGCAAAUAUUUCGAAGAGGCUCUAAUGAACUAUUUCAGAUUUUGAUACUUUAGAUUGUUGGAUAAAAAUUGCACAAAACAUGGAAUAAUAUUUAUGGAAUAAAAUACAUACUAACCCUAACCUGAAAAA